AUGGCUCCCAAGGUCGCUAUCGUGAUUUACACCCUGUACGGCCACGUCGCCAAGCUGGCGGAGGCCGAAAAGAAGGGCAUUGAGGCUGCUGGUGGCCAGGCCGACAUCUUCCAGGUCGCCGAGACUCUCUCCGACGACGUUCUGAAGCUGCUGCAUGCUCCUCCCAAGCCCGACUACCCCGUCGCCGAGCCUGAGAAGCUCCUUGAGUACGAUGCCUUCCUCUUCGGUAUCCCCACUCGUUACGGCAACUUCCCCGCCCAGUGGAAGGCCUUCUGGGACAAGUCUGGCCAGAUCUGGGCUUCCGGUGGCUUCUUCGGCAAGUACGCCGGUCUCUUCAUCUCCACCGGCACUCUCGGUGGUGGUCAGGAGUCCACUGCCCUUGCUGCCAUGAGCACUCUGGCCCACCACGGCAUCACCUACGUUCCCCUGGGCUACAAGGACACUUUCCCUCUUCUGACCAACCUGAACGAGAUCCACGGCGGCAGCCCGUGGGGUGCUGGUACCUUCGCCGCUGGUGAUGGCAGCCGCCAGCCCACUGCUCUGGAGCUUCAGAUCGCUGAGGCCCAGGGCAAGUCCUUCUACGAGCGUAUCUCGAAGGUCAACUUCAAUUGA